CUACACCCGUCAUCGCUGUUUGACGACUACAGGAUUAACAGGAUUCAUCCUCAGACAUGAACUCAGUUCUCACUAUAGCAAACGAGCGUGUGGCCCAGUGGCUGACGAUGCAGUCCUCCGUGAACACGCUGGGCAUCAGCGCCCUGUACCUCCUCUUCCUGUGGGUGGGGCCUCGUUACAUGCGUGGGUGGGACGCCUUCCACCUGCGAGAGACCCUCAUUGUCUACAACUUCAGCAUGGUGCUACUGAACUUCUACAUCUGCAAAGAGGUCUGUUAUGGCCUGGCAGCCUUCAUCUCACGCGUGCAGGAGCUGCUGUGGUGGAAGGAGAACCUGACCAUAGUUCAGAUGGUAACGAUGGAGAUCAGCUCCACCCCCACACACGGAGGAGUUUCAGAUCUGUGGCUGAUAUGAGUAGACCUUGGCCACACUGCACACCCUCUUGA